CGGAGAGUGCGGCGAGGCCAGCCCACGGCCACCCCACCCAAGCCGGCCGCCACAGGACCACCCAGCAUGGGGCCACAGGAACCACCCACCCCACCCGCAGGGACCCCAACGAUGGAGAUGGAACAACCAGCAACCGCCCCGCCGAGUCCCCCCCCCUGAGAAUUAAAAGAAGAUCACAGACAUGCUGACACACAAGGUCGCUACCCCAAUAACUGGCCGACUCGCAGCACCUCGGAAUACCCUGCAGCACCAAGCUACCACAGUAGACGCAGGGACCAGACCCAGCAGGCCCCAACCAAGACGGGCACCCGGAAGGGAUGGACGGUGGGACCCAGGAGCUCCAGACACGCAGUCCGGAUGCAGUAGCCUGAGGCGCCGACCCCCACCUGACAGGCAGGCCCAGAACGUACCCCCAGAAAUAUAUAUACAUAUAUAUAUACAUACACAUAAACAUACACAUGUACACAUACACAUACAUACACAUGCAUACACAUACACAUAUAUAUACAUACAUACAUACAUACAUACAUACAUACAUGCAUACAUACAUACAUACAUACAUACAUACAUACACACACACACAUACACAUACAUAUACACAGUUUGUCAGCCCCGACAACCACCACGCGCGCGCGCUGCCACCAGUCACAACAUCAGCCACCCCCCUGCACCAGACCCAGCAGCCACGGGCGCCCACACCACAAACAAACGGCAGCAGAAACAGCAGCCACAACACCCCCAGACAGCCAGCACCACCCAAUCAAAUCAAAGCGAUAAAAAAAAAAACGCGACCGGCAACCACACGCCAACAGGAUCACAGAGACCAGCCAGCGCCAGCCCGCCAGCAAGCCCAAACGCCAACACGCAAACAAGAGACACCAACACCCCCCCCCCCACCACCACCAAAAGACCCCACCACCCCAACCCAAACCCGCACAAACACACCACCGCCCAAACAACCGAGACACAGUAUCCAGACCAGACACGGGCGCUGCGCCGCCACCACAUCAAGUCGCCAACAGAGACCCCACAGCGCAAGGUCGGGCCACACGGGCACGGACCCCACCCAACAGGAAGCGAGACCCGCGUGACGCCACACACAAAUAAAUAAUAAGAUUAAACAAAAAUAAUAAUAAUUAAAAAAAAUAAAUAAUAAUAAUAAAAUGAAAUACAAAUUAAAUUAAAUUAAA